AAAGGAGCAGCUCCCUCCUUCUGUGACUGAAGAAAAAGAGCAGCUUCCUCCUUCUUCUGUGUCUGAAGAGAAGGAGCAGCCUCCUAUAACUGAGGUAGCAGCCUCUGUGAUGUCACCACCGGAGGAAACUGCACAGGUCGUAGAAGAACCAACAUCAGUGACUAAGGAGGAGGAGCAGCAGCAGAAAACGACUCCAAAGAAAAAGAGAGGACGUCCUUCAAAGACGGCAGCAGGAGUUACAGAUGAACCAGUGGACAAGACAGAGGAGUCAGAGAGAUCUGCAGCUGAGGAGACUCCUCUCCAAACUAUGGACAUGGACUUUCCAGGGAAGGUGGAGGAGCUGGAGGUCAGAGAAGCUGAAUCCAAGGGUCAGACCAGGCUUGUCAAACAAAUCAGUAAUAUCUCCAGCGCAGACAGUCAGGAAGACGAGAAGGAAUCAGACUUGUCUGAAAAGGAUGAAACAAUUUCAGGAAGACGAGGGCGGAAAAGAAAAUUGUCCAGUCAGAAAGUUGUAGCUGGUGAGGAGAAAGAAGAAAAGAACAGUAAGGAGCAACUAUCCCAGGAGACCGUUCAAGGGAAGGCUGCAGAAACACCUCACACCAGAAGAUCCUCCAGACUAACGGAGGAGACAGAUUCAGAAAAGGAGCAAAAUAAAGGAGCUGAGAAACCAGAGGAGAGUCCCAGUCGCAGGGGGAGACGAUCAGGAGCUACAGAAGCUGCUGCAGAACGGAAAAAGGAGCAGGAUGGAGGAGACGGCUGUCCAGAGAAGGAAGAGAAAUGUGAGGCUGAAAAUUCAACGGAGAAAUCUGAAGCUGCAGGAAACUCCCCUGAUGUCUGUGAGCCAGAAGCGAAGAGGAAAAGGACAGAAGGAUUGGAAGAAACUGUAGAGGAAAUUCAAGCAGAGAAAGAAGUAGAAGAAGAAGACGGUCAGCAGGAGUGUGAACAACAGUCUGAAAUAGAGGAUGGAGCAUCUGAGUCGAUGAACCCGUCAGAAGAACAAGACGAAGUGAAGGAGCAGAAGAAGAAACCGGAUGACGUUGUGGAGGAGCAGCAGCAGCAGCAGGAGGAGCAGGACAUGGCUCCUAAGAAGAGGAGGGGCCGUCCCUCAAAGACAGCAGCGGCAGCAGCUACGACUGCAGAAGAUUCAGAUAAAAAGGACAAAAAGGCCGAAGAAAAGGAAAGUGAUCAGAAUGAAGAGGAGGAGGAGGAGGACGGAGAGGAAGGGAAAGGAACCGCAACCAGAGCAACGACCCGAUCAGCGUCUCGUCUGGAGGCAGAAAGAAAUAAACCCAGUAAACCCUCCACCAGGGCCAGUCGACACAGCGGGAAAGAGGAGGCGACAGCGGGAGCGCGUGGCUCCAGGAGCCAGACAGCGACAGCGACUUCACCAGCCUCGUCAAAGGCUGGCCGCAAACGAGAGUCCAGCCCCCCCGCGGUCCGAACCAGAGGAGGACAGAAAUCAGAGGAGCCUCCGUCCAAGAGGAGCAAACGCUGACCAACCUCGGUGAUCGGCAGUGGUUUUCUCCUGCAGUCUUCUUGUCAGCUCCGGUCGACCAGGCUCUGCUCAGUGAAUGUAGAUAUUUAAAAAAAAGAAAAAAAAGUUCUGGUAAGUAUUAUUCACUCAGCCUAAACCUAAGGAUGUGUGGAGAAAAUCCUCCAGAAUACUUUGGUUCACCAUUAGUCCAUAUGGUUUAGAUCAGGCUUCAUCAUCCCUGCAGUUAUUCAGUGAAAGUCAGUGAACCAGAGAAAUUCAGGCCAAUCUCAGGCUUGAACCUGCAGCUGAGGUGAAUUUAGGGAAAAAAGAAAAAAAAACGAAUGUGAAAUUAGCUCAGACUUAAAUUUCAUCUUAUUUUAUAUAUAUAUAAAUCUUAAACUAUUUUUGACAUUCACUUUGACUUAACCAGAAUUCAUUUAGACUUUCCUUUGACCUAAUAUUCAUUCUGUGAAUGAAAACAUUUCUGACUAUUUUUCUUUUACAUAAUUUUGUUUUUUUAUAUGACUUAGUGUUUCCUAUCAAAUAGUCGGUCUUGGUGUUGUGUGGAAAAAGUGACAGAAUUUUAAUUUUUUUUUUUUACAAAAAAUAUGUACUUGUUUACAUCAACACUGUUGCUCCUUUAAAACACAUAUGUACAGUUUGUUUGUGUUACUGUAGGUCAAUGGUAUUAAAGGUCUCACUGACCUGUUGGUGUCAA